GUGGAGGGGGCGUAGAGGACGGGGUGUGGGAUGGCUAUGGCGGGGCUGGUCCACAGGCAGGCCCCAAGGUGCUUACCGUAUUUAAAAUUCCGCGACCGCGAGGGCGCAGAUGCUGAUUCGGAGGCGAAGGCGCAAGCGCAGGUCGGCGAAAGAAAUCCGAGGCACGGCCGGGCUCAGAGCCCAGAGCAGAACGCGACCGGGUCCUUGGAGGCUGGACGCGAGCAGCAGCAGAGAAGUGCGGGGCGCGAGCAUGAGCCGAGUUCAGGAAAUCCCAAUUGCCCUCGGUCUCUUUUGCUGGUGGUGGUGCUGCAGCUAUUGCUAUUUCUUCGCUGGGAAGGCUAAAGAAGUAACCUCGUAGUGAGCGAUAUCGAGACAGAGAGAGAGAGAGAGGGAGAGAGCGCGAGCGAGCGAUCGGCAGGAUCUUCCGGGCGCAGCAGCUUCAAGAACGACAUCGCAGCUGGAUAGUCUCGAAGAUUCUCUUUCGAGUGCAGAGGCGCUAGGGAAGAGAGGCGAGUCGAGGAGAGUAGAGGAGAGAAGACGACGCAGGGUGAAGAGAAGUGAAAUCGAGUACAUUGUCUAGGGUAUUCAAAUGACUGACUGCCUUGUUUUGUCUUCGGGGCCGGAUGGUGAGAAUUUAGGGAGAGGAAGGAAGAUGAAGGGAAGGAAGGAAGCGAUGAUGGUAAUGAUCGGGUGGUUGCAUUGUGGUGCGAAUUGCCUUGUGAAGGAAGUGGUUUUUGAUAUUGAUGAUGGUGCAGGGUCGUUCUGUUGGAAGUGGUGGAGAGGAAGAGGAGGAGGAGGAGGAGGAGGAGGAGGAGGAGUAGGAGUAAGAAGACGAAGAAGCAGAAGAAGAUUUGCAGUGUUGCGUGAAGGGGAGCGGAGUUGAAGCGGUCGUGGGUUAUGAUGGACGACGGGGAGGUCGAUUCUCCGGAUUCAGGAGGGUUACGGGGUCUGCAAUCUAGCGAUUACUCGCAUUUUCUGGAUGAUAGUAGUAUCAUUCAGAGUGAUUGGGACAAUCUCAUGCGAACGACGCAAGUGUGCUCUCACAAACAUAUUUGCAAUCCUACAACAGGUCCCGACAACACUCACACCCAUACGUGCGAGCACACUCACACGCAUACGAUCGCCAGCGGAGACGAGGAGAAGCUGACCAAGAAGAAACGACCUUCAGGUAACAAGGAAGCCGUCAGGAAGUACAGGGAGAAGCAAAAGGCCGUCAAGGUCAAUCUCGAAGUCAGAAACGCGGAACUGGAGAAGGAGAAUUCCAAGAUUCCCGAGCUCUUGAAAGAGAAUCUCAGACUUCGACGGAAAUUGUUGGAGCAGGUGCCCACCCAAGCUGCAUUGGACCAGUCUAACGCCGAAAAUAAGAGGCUCAAGACUCUUCUCCUUCAUCUGAGGCGACUCAUCGAUUCGGAGCUGGACUCCACAAGCCUUCAGAAACACCCUCUCAACCUCGCCACCAGAGUCGACGGUUGUGCUUCCGGACCGGCCCACCUUCCUCCUGGCAAUUACUACUCCUCCGUGGUGCCAUGUGCCGCGCCUCUGCCAUGUUACCCAGCCCGGCCAGCAUCUCAGACCGGGGUCACGGAUCUUGAUCGCAUGGCAAGUGUCGGAUGGCACACUGAGUGCGAGCAUGUGAACACCGUGUGUCACGAUCCAGAGUCGGAAGCCCACGUGGUGUCUGCCCAGUGCACACCGUUUCAUGCCGAAGGUAGCACUAAAGCCGCCUGUAAUGCAUCUGUCUCGAAUCACAAAAGCAAUGUCGUCGGCUUCGUUAAAGGCGCCAGGCGGAGGAGCAACUCCUCACAUCCCAUUCCAAUUGCCUAUCAUGCUGGCGGAGUGCCCUGCGCCGCUCCAGUCCCUUGUUUCAAUGGCCUCAAGGCUGUGAACCAACCGGAAUUGAUCCAGCAACAGCGCGUCGAGAACCUUAGCUGGGAAGGGGGCUGUGAAAUUAUGACUGAUAUGUGCCAGGAUACUGAAAUGACCGCCGACUCCAGUCCUCAUUGCACUGCAUUGAGCCCUGAAGAAGUGACACAGAGUGCGAGCACGGUAUCAAGGAAGGAGCCUGCUCUCACCUCAUCUAAACUACGGGCUGAAGGUGACAGCCCUGAAGAGCAGAUGUUUCCACCAGGAGGAUAUUUCCCCGAAGGACCGCAGUGCGGUGGACUUCCUCCUUGUUUUGGUUCAACACCCGGGUCCCAGACUUUUAGUGACAGUUGGUUUGAAGACUGCGACUUCAUCAAUGGUGUUUGCCAAGCUCACACUGGGGGAGCACAAUCUAGCCAGGCAGUUGGUUCGUUCAGACCUGAAGAUGCCACUCACAGCACCAGGUCAGCUUUGCCGACUGUAUCUGAACCCAUAUGCCAGAAAUGAGGGCGUAAUGUGUGGAUGCACUGGCUUGAAAUUGGAGGCACUGCUGAGGCCAGCCUGUUUGAUUUCAUGUCACAUCAGAGAUGGUUUUUUGGGUAAGGAACAACAAUCAUUGUUCCCACUGAGUUUUUUCAAGGAUUUGGCCACCGAGUGUUACUUAGUAGAUGUGUCCCAGAUUUACCCAUGUGCUUUGAGCAUUUUCUUGUAACUAGUUCUGUACCUGGAUUUGCACAAUGUGCUCAGUGUGAUGAGAUAAGACCUGUCGGGGCAUCAACUCUCAUUCGACGUGAAGGGCGACGAAGGGGAGGCAGUUUUUUGAUGAGCACCAGUGCAACUAAUUUUUGUAGGGAAAUAAAAGUAGGUCGGAGGAGUCUCGCUUAGGAGGACAGUUUGACUGAUUGCUCUGGUUCGCUGUCUGCACAAUACAUCUGCUGAUUGAAUUUUAACAGGUCAUCAAUAGAUUAUUACUUCUGUACAAAUGUCGUUUCUCUAGAAGGGGAUAUUGAAAGCAUAUAUAUAUGAGCUAGCGUAUACUAGCCAGAACAAAACUGCAAUGUCCUACUGAAUGUCACGUAAAUAGAGUCCUGAGAAGGAAGAUUGUUGACAAGUUUCUGUACUUUUGACGAUGGGAAGCUGGGUGCUAAGAUGUCGAAGGUCACAGUUUUGGAAAGACUUGUCAAGUCUGACCUCACCGAACAUAAGUUGACUGUUAUGCUACGACCUUUUUUUGGUUGAUCCUUUAACUUAAUUAAUUGAUUCCUGCCAUGUUUGGACGUUGACAAUAAUGUGUACUACAUAGACGCUUGAUGUCGAAUGCGAACCAACAGUCCGUUAGAGACGUUGGCACAGCUCUGACUGCAUGGAUCUUUUGCUCUUGAAGAUUUCACUCUGAUGUUAGUUAUAAGCUUACCGUACACCAUGUGUCUCUUGGAUCUGGAGGAAUUGAUAAUGUGGAUAUUGGAAUCUACACGGUUAAUUAUUUACACAUUUUCUUUGUCUGUUUGGACGAG